CGAGAGGGAGGAGAGCGAGACAGAGAAAAGGUCAAAAGAAGCAGAGUAGGAAUUAUAAGAGGGGAGGGCGAGAAAACGAAAGGGCUGUAAGGCGGGCUUCAGCGAUGCUCUUACCAAUCUCCAAGGUGAGGAAAGAAAUUGGAACCACCACGACCUGCUUCCAGGGGAAGAAAAAGAUCACUCUCGUCUCUGACUCCAAAUAAUUGAGUUUGCUCUGAGUUUCUCUUUACCUUAAGGAUAAUUCCGUUUCAUUACGAAGUUUCAUUCGUCGUUAUAACGCGAGUGGUUUUUUUUAAUCAAAAAUAUUUGUAUACAUACAAUCUCGAUUUCAAUUCCUUUCUUGGGGCUGCCGCCACUGGAAGCUGACGCAACUUUAAGCAACCGACCAAUCAAACGGCACGACCGCAUUUUGUCCCGAGCGAUGCUGGACGCCAGCAUGUAUUCCGAGCCCACGGAUAGAUUUGAAGGUUAGCGAUAUUUGUGCGGUAGAAAAAUUUUGCCGAUUGCAUCAAUUGGCCCUUGUUUACUAAAUAAAAUCCUCCCCCCGACCGACUGAAUAAAGCAACGAGACAGUUAACAAAGUUGUAGCAUUAGAGCAAAACUAGAAAAGAAAUAACCCGGAACCCGGGUGGUUCUGAGUUGAGGUUCAACGCCGAUUCGACCGAUCAGAAUGAAGCUGGUCGACAACGUGGUGCGGAGUUUCAAGGUGGCAAAAGUCUUCCGCGAGAAUACCGACAAAAUAAACAGUAUAGAUUUCUCGCCGAGUGGUGAUACCCUGAUAUCAUGUUCCGAGGACGACCAGAUAGUGAUAUACGAUUGCGAGAAGGGGACGCAAGUCCGAACGGUUAAUUCAAAGAAAUACGGGGUGGACCUGAUCCACUUUACCCAUGCAAAAAACACCGCGAUACACAGCAGCACAAAAAUAGAUGACACGAUACGCUACCUCUCCCUCCAUGACAACAAAUACAUUCGCUACUUCCCCGGUCACACGAAGAAGGUGGUUUCUCUAUGCAUCAGUCCCAUCGAGGACACUUUCUUAUCUGGGUCUCUUGACAAAACGCUGCGCCUCUGGGACUUAAAGUCGCCCAACUGUCAGGGACUGAUGCAGCUAUCGGGUCGCCCGGUCGCCGCCUACGAUCCAGAAGGCUUGAUAUUUGCCGCAGGAGUCAACUCCGAGUGCAUAAAGCUCUACGACCUCAGGAGCUUUGACAAGGGACCGUUUGUCACUUUCACAUUGUCUCAGGAGAGAGAAUGCGAUUGGACCGGUCUGAAGUUCAGCAGAGACGGAAAGACAAUUCUUAUAUCCACAAAUGGCAGCAUCAUACGGCUAAUUGACGCCUUCCACGGAACGCCGCUUCAAACUUUCACCGGGCAUUUGAACAACAAGGGGAUACCAAUCGAGGCCAGCUUUAGUCCGGACUCUCAAUACGUUUUCAGUGGAUCAACUGACGGCAGAGUUCAUAUCUGGAAUGCCGACACAGGGUAUAAGGUAUGCGUUCUCAACGGUGACCAUCCUGCACCUGUACAAUGUAUCCAAUUUAACCCCAAGUACAUGAUGCUCACAUCGGCAUGCACCAACAUGGCCUUUUGGUUACCAACCGUCGAGGAAACUGAGUGAAGAAGUUCAGUUCAAAAACUUUCGUAUACGAUGUACAAAGUCAGCUGGUAAAAAAGGAGGAAACCUUGGCCAGGAUCAAAAUUAAACGCAGGCUGUACUUGUUACAAGUACUGAGGAGAAGAAAAUCGACCUUUUCAUCCAAUAAUAAAAUUGCUGCACUAUUAAUGAAAUCAGGGAUAUUCCAACAUUGAACACUGUUGAAUAAUAUUUUACAUGGUCCCUUACAAUGAAUUUUGCUAGUAUUAGAUUGUACCUUCAACACCAGUGCUCAGGAUUUUUAUUUCAGGCUCUUUACACUGAAUGGGGUACAUGAAAAAGGCGAAUACCUUUGUAUAUUUUGUAACCAUCCUAAAUUCCAGGACUGUACAUUUAGAAAAUGAUACAUUUAAUGUGAAAACAUUGAACGAGUACCAGCAGAAAGUAAUAAUAACAAGGAAAAGUGUUUUGAAAAUAAUUAGAACGUAUGCAUUCGAGUUGAAAUUUUUUAUGAGUACUCUAUUCGCAUGAAAUGAUGGGCUUUACAAUUUUUCACGCAUUUGACAGUCAUUGAUAAUUAUCAGAUGAUCACAUUAAUUUGAUUUGUGCUCAGGUACAGUACUUUGCUAAAAAGUACAUAAAUCGGAGCCUUGACGUUUGGCUUUGUUGUCCAUGAUUUUUUUUCCCUAUUUUCAUUCUAUUUGCUUUUUACAAAAACCUCAGGGAUACAUAAGUUUUCUGUGAGCCAAGACAUUCAAUUGUUCUGAAGUACGACCUCAGUCUGCACCUUUAAUGCAACUUUAUCUCCAGAAAUCACUACAGGAAAAUAAUACAUUCUGCUCACAAGACAGCUGCAUCUAUUAUUUUCCAUGAAAAAUGAUAUUCAGUAUUUAUGUAUAAUUCUCAACAUGAAAUUGCAUUAUGAAUGUGGAAUAACGUGUAUAUUUAUAAUCUUGACAAUGAACUUACUUAUUUAUCAUUUCAUAACUCUAUAAUGUUUCUGUAGGUCAGAAAUUUGAAAAUAUCCUUUGCUGAUAGACAAAUUAAACCUAAACAUUGAUAUAUGCCUAUGCACGUAUAUAUAUAUGUUUGGAAAUAUUAUAAUCAUCAGUUGAAGAUUGCCACGAAAAAGUUUUAAGAGGAAUUAUUUUCAAUCCGUGAGGUACUAGCUCUUUACUUAUUUGAAUUUACACUUCUGGAAGUAAAGCAAUCUUUAUAUAACAUAACUGACACGCAAAAAAUUGUAAGAAUAUCAAUGAUGGUCCCCUUGGUGAUAUAUUUUAUAAUCUUAUUAAUACGGAGACAUUCAAUAAUAUUUAAAUUCCAGAAAAUUUAUCUGAGUGCGGAAUGAUUUCUGCAGCGGUAUUCUGGGGUCUGCGAUUAUAUUUGUACGAUACGAUACCACCGUAGUUUAAUACUGUAACUAACGAUUUAAUAAGAUAGUAUAAGACCUAAAGAUGGCUUCUCCAUUUUCUGUGUAAAUACCAUACACUAAUGUUUCCAUUAGACUUUCUAAUACUAUAAAUAGUUUUAUAUAAGAAUAACUUUUAUUAUCUCUGUGGCACGCGUGCUUGUACAAUUACGGAGUGUGGGUUUCGUGCGAAAGAAAUGUACGGAUGUUCUGUAAAAUAAUAUUUUAUAACGGCAUAUGUGUAAUUCUAAUAAGAAUAAUUGAUAAUUGUGUAAUAAAUAUUAUGUGUUAUUAACAUAAUGUUUUAAACUCCAACAGAUGUCUUGCUAGAGCAUUUGAGAAUUCUAACGCACGAUUAUAAACCACGAAUUGAUUCUCUUUUUGCACUCAUUGCUUCAUUUUCUGUUUUUUUUUUAGUUUUCAUCUAUAAGUUUACUGGAAAAACACAAAAAGCUAUCAGUCACACCUUCUAUGUAAAAAAAAAAAACAGUUUUCAUUCUCAUUUAAUAACUUUUGAAAUGAUUUUAUUUUUACUUGCAAAUGACAGGUUUUAUAACGCCUACUUCGAUUUUCUUAAAAUUCAAAUAUACAAUUUUUCUGCUGCCACUUAAUUAUCAUAUUUUCUAUUUAUUAACAUAUUUUUGUUCUUCACUAAAGUCAGUAGCUGCAUUAAUUUUUCACAUCAGAUUAUGGUAAAAUGUAAUUACUCACCUAGUGCUAUGGUGAAGAAUUGAUAAUCUCUUAAUUUUUGGACUUUAAUUCUUGUUAUUGAUUCACCAUGCAUUUCAAUCUGUCUGAGAUCUUAGAUAAAAUUUUGUUCUUUUUUUACACGAAAAAUAAUAAUUUUGAUUCCGUGGAAAAAACUGUGGCUGUGUUUGUAGAUAUACAAACCUUUUUAUAUGUGGGGGGGGGGUUCUAUCACAGAAGAGUAAUAAUGUUAGUCACGCCAAGUACUUUAUAGUACACUCAGACUGACCGAAACAUUUUUUCAACAUUUAUAGAAGGUAAAUUAUUGGAGUAGGCUAAAGCAGAAAAAAAAACAUUGAUAUACUUUUAUUCUAGUGAAUAUUGUAAAUCAAGUAACUUGCAGGAAGUUUUGUCAAUAAAAUAUAAUCCUAUUUUGGAAAUAA